ACAAUGACGCAAAUGUGCCUGCGAAUAAUGGUCGGCGAUCCCUGCAGCGACGACCUAUCCACGCAAUCCUGUAUUGCAAUGUCCACUGUGCUGCAUGGCAGCUGCCCACCACAAGCGUUUUGCAAUUCUGUCCUCAAGCUUGCGUCGUUCCUGAUGCAAGCUCUCGGACAGGUAGCAUUUUCUCUGGAAUAUUUGUGCAGCGGUGAAGGUAUCGGCGCAACGGCCGAAAGGCUAGAGGCCGUUCUGUGCCAUAUUUUAAUUCCUCUUUUCCUCCGUGCCGCAGCAUCGAAGAAAGAUACUCCUCAGUUCCAAUUAAAGGAUCUCAUAUUUUGUCUCAAUUUGAUGCAGAAUGCUGUGAACCCUCCGUUGGCAAAGCAAAGUCUAGCACCAGUGACCAGUACGAAUCUCGCCACAUCUCUCAUACGGGGGACCAAUGCUCACGAUGUCAGUGGACGACAAAGUUCAGUAUCAGUGACGGAACGUGGUCACUCAGCGACCGUUUCAACUUACCGCAUUGUUCGAGAAACCGUUUGCCAAGCUAUUUUUUUGGCUCUAAAGGUGAUGAUGAUUGCGUUCGAGAAGCAAAUGGUGAUGUUGUGGCCGCGAGUCGCCAAAAUAAUCCGUGAGUUACUAGGCAAAAAGGUUGGCGGCCCCGCGCUGUAUUCUUUUGUGGAUUUCGUUGUGGAUGUCAAUCUGCCCAUUUCACUAAUAAUUUUGCCCGUCUUGCAAACUAAGGCCGGUCAGAAGGCAACAACGGAGCACGAAGCAGCUUGGCAGUUGGAAUUCAAAACACGUCUGAGCCGUAUUGGUGGCACAUCUUCGAUCGAAAUUCGAGGCUACGGAGCACUGCUGACAGAACUGUCGCAGGAACUGCAGGCGAUGAGAGAUGAUUUCUCCACCAGAGCAUUCGAAGUAGCGCGAUCACAUACGCCGACGAUCACGGAGUUGCACAGCGAUUCGGGCAGUACGCAGAGUGCUGCACCCGCUCAUCGUCAUUCAUACACGCGAACGACUGGCAGCGAACCACGCCGACUGUCGAGCUGUACAGUCACGAAACUAAGCCGAAUUACACCCUCCACGCUCUAUAAA